CUCCACCUUUCACCAUGGACGCCAUCAAGAAGGUAGGCCAACCCCUCUUUCUGCCUGCUGCCCUGCCCCUCCAGGGUCUUUCCCCCUCGUUCCACGCCCGCCGCAAGCUCCCGCGACGCCCUUCCGCCCAACACCACAACGCCACGCCACGAUGCACUAGGCCGCGCCGCUAACGACGUGUCCCUCGCAGCGCAUGAACGCCCUCCGCCUCGAGGCCGACGAGUCCGCCGCCAAGGUCGAGGAGUUGCAGGCCGACAAGAAGCGCCUGGAGCAGGAGAACCUGGCCAAGGAGCAGGAAAUCACGUCGCUCACGCACAAGAACCAGCUGCUGGAGUCUGAGGUGGAGAAGCUCGAGCAGGGCAUCAAGGACGCCAAGUCCAUCGCCGACGAGAGCACCCAGGCCGGCACCCACAACGAGUCGCUGGCCCGGAGGCUGCAGCUGCUCGAGGAGGAGGCCGAGGAGGCGGACAAGAACCUGCGCGAGGUCAACGAGAAGUACGUUCACAUCACUUUCCUGAAACCGCUGCCCAUGUCUCGUUUUCAGCUGCCCAAGUUCUCGUUUGGCAGGCUCCGCCAGACCGACGUUCGGGCAGGCCACUACGAGCGCAAGGUGCAGGCUCUCGAGGCCGAGCGGGACCAGUGGGAGGCCAAGUACGAGGAGAUGUCCACGAAGUACGCCGACACCAAGAAGGAGUUGGACGACUUUGUCAACGAGAUUGGCAACAUCUAG